CAUUGAGCAUAUUCUGUAUAAAAGGUUGCUUGCUAGCUGGAGUUAUUUUCAAAAACUGCAUUUCUAUUUCAUUUAUUGUUUCAUACGCUUUGAUCGCGCAUUGCAUCAUUAAUUUCACUUUUCCACUUUUCAUUGGGUAAUAUAUUUUUAUUCUCCUGUGCAUAACAAAUUAAAAGGGGAAAUGGCCGGACCACUACCACUGUUAACCACCGAACCAGUAUACAAGAAAUUGCAAGUACAUUACAAAGAGAAUGGUGAAAAAAUUUGUAUCAAGGAACUUUUCGAUAAAGAUCCUGAACGCUUCAAGAAAUUCAGUUUACGCAUUAGUACACCCAACGAUGGAGAUAUUCUGUUGGAUUACUCCAAAAAUCGCAUAACACCUGAAGAAUGGAACCUUUUACUGGAAUUGGCCAAGGCAAGGCACGUUGGAGAGGCGCGUGAUGCUAUGAUGUCUGGGCAGGCCAUUAAUAUAACAGAGAAUCGUGCAGUAUUGCAUAUUGCUUUGCGUAAUCGCGGAGAAGAGGCAAUUUUGGUAGAUGGAAAGAAUGUCAUGCCUGACGUUCGUGCUGAAUUGACCCAUAUGAAGGAAUUUACCAACCAGGUACUUUCCGGAGUAUGGCGGGGAUUUACAGGAAAACAAAUUACAGAUGUUGUAAACAUUGGUAUUGGAGGCUCGGAUUUAGGUCCGCUUAUGGUUACUGAGGCAUUAAAGCCAUAUUGCAAAGGUUUACGUUCCCAUUUCGUUUCCAAUAUUGACGGAACACACAUGGCCGAGGUCUUGAACAAGGUCAACUAUGAAAGCACUUUGUUUAUCAUAGCAUCGAAAACAUUCACUACGCAAGAAACUAUCACAAAUGCAACAUCAGCUAAAAACUGGUUGUUGGAUAAAACAAAAGACCCCGCUGCAGUUGCAAAGCACUUUGUGGCCCUAUCAACUAAUAAAGAAAAAGUCACAGAAUUUGGUAUAGACAGCAAGAAUAUGUUUGGAUUCUGGGACUGGGUAGGAGGACGUUACUCGUUGUGGUCAGCAAUUGGUUUGUCAAUUUGCCUAUCGAUUGGUUUUGAGAAUUUCGAACAACUCCUUGAAGGUGCUCAUUUCAUGGACAACCAUUUUAAGACUGCACCAUUUGAGCAGAAUGCUCCCGUUAUUUUGGCUAUGUUGGGAAUAUGGUAUUCGAAUUUCUAUAAUGCGGAAACACACGCAAUUCUACCCUACGAUCAAUAUCUGCAUCGAUUUGCAGCCUAUUUCCAACAAGGUGAUAUGGAAAGUAAUGGAAAGUUCGUUACAAAAACAGGUUCCAAAGUAGUCGAUUACAAUACCGGACCCAUUAUUUGGGGUGAACCUGGAACUAAUGGUCAACAUGCAUUUUAUCAACUGAUACAUCAGGGAACUCGUUUGAUUCCUUGCGAUUUUAUAGCACCUGCACAAACUCACAAUCCAAUUGCCGGUGGCGCUCACCAUAAAAUUUUGCUUGCCAACUUUUUAGCUCAAACAGAAGCAUUAAUGUCGGGAAAAACGUCAGAGCAAGCUAAAGCUGAACUUACUAAGGCUGGUAUGUCUGGUGAAAAACUUGAGCAGCUUUUACCACAUAAGGUAUUUACCGGAAAUCGUCCCACAAAUUCCAUUGUUGUUAAAAAAGUGACACCAUUUAUUUUGGGUGCCCUAAUUGCUAUGUAUGAGCACAAAAUUUUCACUCAAGGAAUUAUUUGGGAUAUUAACUCUUUCGACCAAUGGGGUGUUGAGCUUGGAAAACAGUUGGCCAAAGCAAUUGAACCUGAAUUGGCAAAUAAAGACAACAUCUCCUCACACGACGCCUCGACUAACGGCCUGAUUAAUUUCAUUAAGUCAAACUGGUCUUAAACAACUCAUGCCAUAAGCAUUAUCUGCCAAGUCGGGAAAAAUGCAAGACGAAACAUUUACUGCUUUAAUAGUUCAUCAUUAGUUUGCACAGACCCCGCGCAUAACUAAUUCCUAACAAAAAUUAAUGUUAAGUCCAAAAGGUAGCAUAUGCAAUUUUAGGUGCAUAUGCUCUGAAGUUUACAUGGAAUUUUUAGUUUCAACACAUAUACAUAUAUUUAUUUUCAUUAGAAAUGUUAGAAAUUUGAAUUUCAAAGGCCUAUAACGCCAUGCUAUUUGGCUGCUUAUUGUUGCCAUACAUGAAAACACAUUAUCCAUUUGAUUGUUGAAUACCGUAAUAUGUACAUCAAAAUAAGAAAUAAAAAUAUAUUUGUUAGAUGUUAAAAAUA